AUGGCGUUUGCUGGGACAAAUUUCAGUUUUUCCCAGCCGGAUAUAACGCAAAAACUGACGGUGCGCAUAGAUGAUCUGAAGCAGAGAAUCGCUGCUUGGGGAAAGCGGAUUCGGCAUUAUACCGAGAGGUCGACACGGUUCAACCAGAAUCGUCUCUUCCAGAGUGAUCAGAAGAGGCUCUAUGAAUCAUUGGAGCGACCAAUGGUAAGUGGAACGGGUCCAGCACCGAAUCAGGCCGACACUGUAGCAUUCUGGCGCGGCCUGUGGUCAGAGCCCGUAAACCACAGCGAGGGCCCUUGGAUGGAAGUUGUGGCGAGUCAGUGUGCGGGUAUUACGCCCAUGGACCCCAUCACCAUAACGCCAGAAGACGUGGCUGAGGCGAACAUCGGUAUCGAUGAGGCUGGUAUGAAACAGUCAGUUUGCGACGUGUUUUAUGCAUUUUUUGCUGAGCUGGAGCCGUCUAUUCCCGUCACGGAACAAAACCUGGCAGACCGAGUUCGGUACAUCAUGCGCUCGAAAAUAUUCGAUGAUGCCGAGCUCGAACGACUACGACGUGAGGCCAUUCCCUCAUCGAAUGAAUUGGCUACGGCUGGGGAUGAGGCUCCUCAGGCGACAGACCAGCUGCCACGCGUAGAAGCCGCCAUGGAUCUUCCAGUUGUGGGUGAUUCAGACGAUGAUGAAAUGGUCUCCUACAAACUAGAGUAA